UCCCUUACGGAGAUCUGAGGGAUGCGCGUUUUGUGUAGAACUCAGCAGACUUUGAAGGCUUUGGGAGAUCACCAUCGUGCAGGUGUAAUUUGACGAUAACCAGCACGGUGCCUUUUUGAGUAUUCAGAUAGACAUACAUAAAGAGAGAGAGAAACAGAUAAUUUCCUACCUAUAAGUAAAAGGAGUUAUACUACAAUUGCAGAAUGUCUGUUUUCAAGUGCUGCGAAAGUUUUCACAAAACCAAAAUAUGCAAAAUCAUGACGUUUGUUUUGAUGCUGGGGUUGAAUACGACGGACGUGAUAGCUGAUUGGUGCUUGUACCGGAACUUGGCGGGUUUGGUGUCUGGGCUGGUAUACGGUCCCGUGGCUGAUUACAUCCUCAAAAGCGUGCUGGCUUUUGCUAUCUUAGGUACCAUAAUCUUCCCGCUGGAAAUUGUUAACGCCGCCUUGAAAAUAUUCUGCGACAGACCCCUCAUUAACGUGGAUUUGUUUUCGGUUAUCAGUUUGUGGUUUGCGGACCUUCCGCUCACGAUGUUGAACGCCAGGGUAGCGGCAUGCCGGGAAGAAUUAGUCACCGAUUUUCAGUUGUUCAAAGGCGGCGUAGUAAUAACCGGGGCGGUGAUAAGGAUUUUGAUUUUAAUGGUUCGUUAUUGCAGCAAGAAACAGUUGAGAGAAGUCAAGGACAGAACUUGGAAGUCGUGUAGGAACGUGACGUGGAGGGCGUUAGUCGUCUCCGGCGCCAUUUUAACGUCAGUAGGCUCGAUACUCAUAUUCAUUUUCGCCCUGUUUCACUUCAACGGACAGCAGUUAGUAGCCAACGACGCAUCUCGGCAUUUUGAAAACGUCGGCAUAUUCAUCGACCAGAACUUCGUCUCACCACGGAACAACCUGACUGGUAACAAGUUGUUGAAAAUUAUAGACAUCGAAACCAUACGAAAGUCUAAAAGCGAUCUGAUCAUUAGGUGUAGAACAGAAGAUGUCGCCAAUCAGCCGAGAUUUCUCAUGGCAGACAACACGUCAUCAGCCUUACAAAGCAGGAAAUGCUACCGCCUAAGCUCAACCAAUAAUGGGCUGGAAGUGAGCAGCAAACUUCCGGUAAGCUCGUGCUCGGAUCUGGAUACAUCCGGUAACAGUUACGAUACCGUUUUCCGGUUCCAUUUCAUGAUGCCGAUUGUCGAUUUUUUUUCCAGUUCCCAAAUUUUCGGAGACAUUUAUUACAACGUGGAGAGAAGAUUCUCGAACGGGUCAGUUGAUGUCAGAACUAUCGAAAAACCUAGCUCUGAUGUGGUACGUUACUUCAGGUUCGAGGGUUCCAAGGCUAACAGCACAGAUCUCAUUUUCGCUGAAUCAUCGUUGAUGCCUAUCGGGGACGUUUGGAAAACUGGUUACUUUAGUUGUAACUCCACCGGAAGUUAUACACCAAAUCAUAACGAAUCUCUCUCUGUUGACAACAGUCAUUUCUAGGACGUUCUAAUAAUAAUUUAGGCAAAGAAUUUUAUUUGAGCACCCCCCGGUUUUCACCGUGGUAUACAUGCGAUUAAUGUUCUUCUGUUUCAGAAGAGUGUAAAACGUGAUUGCUUGUGAACCUUGUGACCCUUUGGUGAAUGGAAAACGACAAAAUGAUUGAAAUCCAUGUGUGACCCUUUGGUGAAUGGAAAACGACAAAAUGAUUGAAAUCCAUGUGUUUUUAACGCAUUUGUCAUCACUGGUUUUGAUGUGAAACAAUGGCUUUACAAGUAUGGCUCUGGAGUGAGAAGUGUUGAAGCAGUGAUUGAAAUGACUCAAUAAAAACGUCAUUUCUAAUCUUAAAGCCUUCUUCGUCAAGAUCAGGUGUAUCCGCCGUGAGCCUGGAUGACAGCCUGGACCCUUCUCCUCAUAGCACAAGCCAUCCUCCUGAUACUCUGAAGGGGAAGUCCAUUCCAUUCCUCGUGCAAGGAAGCUCCCAAUUUGGCCAGGUAGUCCCCACGUGCAAGGAAGGAAUCCACGUGUAUAUGAUCAACAAGUUUGAAAUCUUUAUCAAGUUCUAGAAACCUUAAUCAGUUGAUUUCAUCUUAGAAGCUAUAGGAGAUAAAACAUGGAAUACAGUCUUUUCUCAGAAACCGCAGUCUAGGCUUUGUUACUCGCAGGCAUAUUGUGUAAACCGCUUACAGUUCUGCUAUGGUAAACAGGUUACUAUUCGCGCAAAUUAUCUGGCAUGUCACUUGUUUUUCAAUAGUAAUAACGUCACUCAAACUCUUGGCGUCGAAAACAAACUGCGGGAGUUUCACAUUAUGAACUUUAAUAAGCACUCCAAAGGUAUUUUGUUUGCAAUGAUGUGGACGUCAAUUAUACGUGCAGAGGUGUAGAACUUGUGGUAUUCCUGCAACUUUCUCACAGUGGAGGCCGUGAAAAAACUUACAAGUUUGAAAAUAUAGUCUGGACCCUUGACUCGAUUGGCAUUUGUGUUGUUAGAACAGGGAGGUUACACAAACCUAGGUACUGGACUAGUUUGGAUGUAAUUGUAUGUUUGGCGUGUCUUUUCAAGACAGUUUAAAACACGGCAGCGGAUUGGUUUUAAGCAUGCCACAUUGCAAGGCUGUGAUUGGCUAAUUAGUGAACUUCCGCUUUUAUGAGUACAUGAUGCAUCAAAGCUAAAGUAUAAAUGUAGUUGCACGUGCAAAUGCUGUUUUUAUGUCCUUUGCUGUGGCGUUGGCUGUGUCGCCUGGCUUUAUGUUACCCAUCCACCUCACCCUCUAAUUACAGCUGUAAGCUGAAAUGGGGUAUCUAAAUGAUAUUGGUGUAGAUACAUGUACGUGGUAACAACUCACACUUUAAGGUUAAGAAUUAUAUUGCCUUGUGGCCACACGUAAUAUGUCCUCCUAUGUACAUGCAUAUUAAUACCUGCAGCUUUGUGGCGCUCGUGACAGAUUUAUAUAUUUUAGUAUUAGUAUGUUAGAUUAGUUAUAAUAAAAUUUUUAA